GUACAAGGCGGUUCGCUCUCCGUUUAUAAUUCCGAUCCGACUGACUGACACGAUCAGGCUUUACACAGUUUGAAACAGUACUUAUAGUGAUUAAGAUCGGAGAUCAUCGUGUACGGUGUCUUUAACAAUUUUUUAUAGAUCGUUGAAUGGAAUGUAACGUUGAUUAAUAUUUUUAUCAACGACGAUCGAUAUCGAUCGAUGAGAUGAACGGUAAUCUAUUGUAUGUCGUGUGUCCUGUAUAUUGAUCACGUGUGGUGAUAUCAAUAGUGGAUCGAUCGCGCGGUGCAUCCCUGGUCGAGGUUAUUGAACUGUCGAGAUCUUUCAUCUGGAUCGUCGGCGGUCUCUUCGGAAGCUCGUGGAUUAUCUCGGGUUAAUAAUUACGAAUCGAGCGUCAAUGUCAGCUUCGAGAGUGCACAGUGAGGGAGUCGCGUGGUGCGCGCGGUGUCAGUCGUGGUUAACUUGCUCCUGAAAGUCCUCCGUCGAGACGAAGUGAAGGGGAUCGAGAUCUAGAACGAGAAUUCCGUUGGCUCAUCGAAUCCGGGGACGCGCGGCGCCAAGCAUGAUUUUCACCGGUAGGUCGGUGGACGCUCUCGACGAGGUCCACGGUGGCAACGUACAGACGGAGACUCGUCGGGAGGUGAGUGCGGUCGCCAUAGCCGCAGGAUGGUUCUCCAGUCUGCGCAGACCCGGUAAAAGGAACAAGAAGGGCUACCAAAAACAGGCCAAGAGCGCAUGGGACCUUACCACAUUAUCCACGCAACUGAAAGAUGAGCUCGGCGAGGUGGUGGCCGAGAUGGAGGCGAUGGAGGGCGGCGGCCUCGCGACGGACGAGACCAAGCCCUCGAACAAGGCCAAGCAGACGUCGAUCGGCCGCAAGAAGUUCAACAUGGACCCGAAAAAGGGCAUCGAGUACCUGAUCGAGCACAACCUGCUGGCAGCAACGCCGGAGGACGUCGCCCAGUUUCUUUACAAAGGCGAAGGUUUGAACAAGACGGCGAUCGGCGACUACCUCGGCGAGAGGCACGACUUCAACGAGAGGGUGCUCAGGGCGUUCGUCGAGCUGCACGACUUCACGGACCUGAUCCUCGUCCAAGCCCUGAGACAGUUCCUGUGGUCGUUUAGGCUGCCCGGCGAGGCGCAAAAGAUCGACCGGAUGAUGGAGUGCUUCGCUCAGAGGUACUGCCAGCUGAACCCGAACAUCUUCACUAACACGGACACCUGUUACGUGCUCAGCUUCGCCAUCAUCAUGUUGAACACGUCCCUGCACAAUCCCAGCGUUAAGGACAAGCCCAGCGUCGAGCAGUUCAUAUCCAUGAACCGCGGCAUCAACAACGGCGGCGAUUUGCCUCGGGAACUACUCGUGAGUUUAUACGAAAGUAUAAAGACGGAGCCGUUCAAGAUACCGGAGGACGACGGGAAUGACCUGAUGCACACGUUCUUCAAUCCGGACAAGGAGGGCUGGCUGUGGAAACAAGCAGGCGGACGUUACAAGAGCUGGAAGAGACGAUGGUUCAUAUUGAACGACAACUGUCUCUACUACUUCGAGUACACGACCGACAAGGAACCACGAGGCAUCAUCCCAUUGGAAAACAUUCAGGUCAGGGAGGUGCAGGAUCGGCACAAGCCGCAUUGCUUCGAGCUGUACGCUGCCGGGUCCGAGUUCAUCAAGGCGUGUAAGACGGACAGCGAGGGAAAAGUUGUCGAAGGGAAGCACACUGUGUACAGAAUGUCGGCGGCGACGGACGAGGAGAAGGAAGAAUGGAUUAAAUGCGUACGUCAAAGCAUAUCGCACAAUCCCUUCUACGACAUGCUCGCGGCCAGGAAGAAGAAAGCGCAAAAGACGAAUGUACAUUCGAAGAGUUAAACGUUGCCGCGAAGACGGCUUCGAAAGCCUUGGCGAGACACAAGACUGUCCAUUCACGAACCAGUCUCGGGAUCGUGGAGUACAAUCAAACGAUGUCCAUCCACGGAAAAUUUAUCCGACAAUGUACGACGGGAUGGAUCGACGCCGAUCGUAACAGAAGAAACAAAGGAUGCAGUUGGCCGAUAAUCGUUAUGUUUCGUGUUUAAGCCUUAGGAGCUUAGAUACGUGUUAUUUAAUUCUAUGAUUUCCCCGAGAGACGAACGAAAGACCGUUCGAAGUUAGGAAAAUUAUCGACGGUUGUGACGACGAAUGCUAACCCAGUACAAACUGCAGUGGUUGCGUUUCGUUCCUUAAACGGGGAAAUUUGAUAAAGGAAUAUUAAGAAAAAAUAUGUGACUCGUGUAAACGUACCAACGACGAAAUAGGGAAAUAUUAGUUUCGUCCAGCACGAAGGAGAGACAGUUUCGGAAAGAGUGAAAUCUUUCUUAAUUUCUGGUAGCUGUAGAGCAGCCCGAUCCAGGGCGAGAUGUUAAUUUAUUUUCCAAGGAUGUCCUUCCUGCGUUUCGCGUUCUUUUCAAGAGUACGAGGUAACGAACGUACGUCUUCUGUUCGAAGUGUAGCAAGACAAAGACUCUAGCCGAUCAUAAACUGACAUUAAACGCGAGAACGAGAACUCGCAAGACGCGUGUAUUAAUGUGAUAGCCGUGUAUUUAUUUGAGAGAAAGAAGAAGAUUGAAAUGUGUAUAGAUAAGAUUAGCUGAGAAAAACGUAUCCUCGAUAUUAUAUGUCAGAACGAUCUUAAGCUGUACAUUAUCGUACGGUUUGUAAAUAUAUGUAUAAGUAGCCAAUUACGUAGACCGAUUAUCGUUUUUCUUUUUUUGAAUAUAUAUAAAUAUUUAACAUAAAUAUAUAUAUAUACAUAUUACGCAUGAAGCGUACAGCUUUGUGCAUUAUAUACGCAAUACUUUAGCUCCGAUAGCGCAGAGAACUCGAUAAGACGCAGUUGAACGCCUGCAUCGCGAUUGUAAUAAAAUGACGCGUACAUAAACGCUGAAAUUCGAGAAUGAUCUCCGAAUAUUUUUUGAUCAUACGUUCAAGCUAACGAAACUAUUCCACGCUCCGAGUAAACAACGAUGCAAGGCUACCCGUUCUUUCGUUCUCGUGAGUAUUUAAAACGUUUUGAAAAGUUUUUUCAAUUCCAUUUGAUAAUGAUCUAUUUGGAUAAACGUAGCGUUUUUUAUAUUUCGAAUCGUAUCGAUCACCGCCAAUCCCUUCUACUAUCAUAGGAUAUUUGAAAUUUGUUAACGUUCCUCCGUGUUCCGAUAUACCAACCGUUAUACUCGCUACGAUUUCUCUAUUUCUAUUCUAAGAAAUCGAUCCGUCUUCGUAUCGCAAUCCUUAGAUUUAGAUCGUUCACAAAUCGCGUCUCGUUCUCGUUGCGAAUAAUAGAAUAAACAGAGGAGCAUAAAAAAUGAAUGGAAGGCAAAAAUGUGGGUGCCUUUGAAAUGUUCAAGCUAGUCGUAACAUCCGAUCCGUCGCGUAAAGGGUGUGUGUAAAAAAAGUAAAGUGGAAACUCCGGGAUUUAAUUAUCUGUGUACCGUUCGUUUUUCGCUACACGCGAGAAAGUCACAUCGAAGAAGCCUUACUAUUAUACAUUGAAAUGACGAAGCGCAGAAAUAAUUAUCAUAGUAUCAAGACUAAUAGGGCAUAAGUUUUUUAAAUGUCAUGCUAUACUGUAUUCAUCGUAGAGAAUAUAAUUGUCUCGCGAAACAGUGAUUCGUACCCGGUCGUAAUUGUUUUGAGGAAGCACAUCGUUUCUAUUCAUUCGAUUUCGAAUAGACGAUUGUUUCACGGCUACCGCGAGCCGUCCUUGAAUCUACUUUGUACAAUCUACUUUAACUCUUUUUUUCUACUGCCCAGAAACCAUACGCGAACAACUGGACACGUAAUUGUCUGUAAUAAUUAUGCAAGAAUACCGACGGGCGUGUUUCCUUCCUUCCUUCCUUCGUUCCGUAGUAGCAAUAGAUGUAAAGAAAAGCUGGUCACUCGUGUUAGGCAGUUGUGUAAAAUUAGUUUAAGGGGAUGGCUUCGUUAAUUCGUUCGCGUUCUAUGUGUUAAUGUUUCCUUCGAGAAUUGUUUGUCGAUCGAUGUAUGUGUAUAAAUAUAAUUUAUAUUUCCCAAUGGGGAUAAGAUUAAUUAAUCAUCUUUACUUUUACGACGAGUCGUAGUCGUUUAAAACACAGUGUAAAAAUGUUGUAAAACAGCUUUAACGCUUGGUUUAAGGAAUGUAAUUAAUAGACUGUAUUAAAUCUCGCGUAACUAGUAAAGUGAUUAAUUAGAUCUGAAAAUAUUGUAUAAAGAGUUGUACUUUACAGCGACCCAUUUGUACAUUUCGUUGUAUAUUAUUUUCAUUCGAUAAUUGUUAUGUAUUCAUAAUGAUCUGUGUACUGCAUCUACAUUAUAUGUACUAAUUUAAAUCUAAUUAAUAAACAAUUCCAUUUCGUAA